AUGUCCCUGAACAAGACGAUCACUUUGAAUGAUGGUAACAAAAUCCCUCAAAUUGGCCUUGGAACCUGGAAAUCUGCUCCGGGAGAGGUCGAGCAUGCUAUCGAGCAUGCUGUUAAGUCGGGCUACCGUCAUUUGGAUCUCGCCAAAAAGUACGGAAAUCACAACGAAGUGGCAAUUGCCCUCAAGGAGGUCAUCCCCUCGGUGGUGAAGCGUGAAGAGCUUUUUAUUACCGACAAGCUCUGGAACAAUGCACACAAGCCAGAGAUGGUGGAGAAGGCCUUGGAUCAAACUCUUGAAGAGCUAGGCCUUGAUUAUCUUGACCUUUACUUAAUUCAUUGGCCUGUUGCCUUUGAUGGCGAUCUGGAUGACUUGAUGCCAGUGGAGAAUGGGAUUGUCAAACUCGACUUCAAUACCUCGCUCGUCGACACUUGGAAAGCCAUGAUUGCUUUGAAAGAGACUGGAAAGGUUAAGUCAAUUGGUGUUUCCAACUUCAGUCCUGCCCACAUCGAGGCUAUCACUAAGGCCACUGGUGUUGCCCCUGCUGUUAACCAAAUUGAAGCCCAUCCAUUGUUGCCUCAGGAUGAGCUGGUUGAAUACCACAAGAAGAACAACAUUCUUAUCACGGCUUACUCGCCUCUAGGCAAUAACACGCGCGGUGAGAAGAAACUAGUCGAGUACGAUGAAGUCACCGAUAUUGCCAAGGACCGGGGCGUGGAUCCCGCUCAGGUCCUUAUUGCCUGGGGUGUCAAGCGCGGGUACUCUGUGAUCCCAAAGAGUGUAACCGCCUCUCGUAUUGCGAGCAACUUCACUCAAAUUGAACUUUCGGACGAUGAAUACAAGAGGAUUACAGAUCUUGUGAAAGCCUGUGGGCACACUCAUGUUCGUUACAACUUGCCUUCCAUGCGCCCCCCAAUCUGGAAUGUCAAUGUAUUUGGUGAAGAGGCCGAGAAGGACACUUGUUACUCUUAUAUUACACUGAACGACGGCAACCAGAUUCCUCAGAUUGGUCUCGGAACCUGGCUCUCCAAGCCGGGUGAGGUUGAGAAUGCCAUCGAACAUGCCGUUAAGACUGGCUACCGUCACUUGGACCUGGCUAAGAUUUAUGCCAAUCACGAUGAGGUAGCCAUCGCCCUUAAGCGUGUCAUUCCUUCUGUGGUUAAGCGUGAGGAUAUCUUCAUUACCGACAAGCUCUGGAACAACGCGCACAAGCCGGAACUAGUAGAGAAGGCUCUUGAUCAAACGCUUCAAGAGCUGGGUCUCGACUACCUUGACUUGUACCUUAUUCACUGGCCUGUUGCUUUUGAGGGUAGCUUUGACGAGCUGCUUCCAGUGAAGGAUGGUGCUGCCGUUCUUGACCUGAAGACUUCGCUUGUCGACACCUGGAAGGCUAUGGUGGCCCUCAAGAAGACUGGUAAGGUCAAGUCGAUCGGUGUCUCGAACUUCAACCCUGCCCAGAUCGACGCGAUCACCAAGGCUACUGGUGUGGCUCCCGCCGUAAACCAGAUUGAAGCACACCCAUUGCUUCCUCAGGAUGACAUGGUCGAGUACCAUAAGAAGCACAACAUCCAUAUUACUGCCUACUCGCCUCUUGGUAACAACCUUAUUGGUGAGAAGAAGCUGGUUGAGUACGAUGCCGUUGUGAAGGCGGCUCGGGACCGCAAUGUUGACCCUGCUCAGGUCCUCAUUGCCUGGGGUGUGAAGCGCGGUUACUCUGUGAUUCCGAAGAGUGUAACGCCGUCACGAAUUGACAGCAACUUUGCACAAAUUGAGCUUUCUGACGCGGAAUACAAGGAGAUUACCGAUCUUGUUCAGCAGUCUGGCAAAGACCACAUCCGCUACAACACACCUAUGAUGUACACUCCCCGUUGGGAGAUUAACGUGUUCGGCGAAGAUGUUGAGAAGGAUGCUAUCAACUUUGUCAAGAUCGAGUAA